CAGACAGUGAAGGCAGCACGAAUACUCCCAUGGUAACGCCCUUCCUGGCGAUAAAAACCUCUAGUGCGGUGCUAACGGUAAAUCCCGCAAAGUAUGCGGGUUAUAGCAGCGCUUGUAGCUUAUUGUGUAUAUUACAUGCGUGAUGUUUGUCAGAAUGAACCGUACCAGAAGACAAGUCUUUGUUCAACGUCAGAUGUUUGAGCAGAUGUCGUUUAUUUUGCGCUUUGAAGCAUCGCUCAUGACGCUGUUGCUGCUGGGGAGCUGCGUUUGUGUGGGCCUGUCAGAUGAUGGUUAUUAUGAGGAGUUCAAGAAGUAUGGGAGCUUACUCAGACUGAGGUUGAACAUUAAUGCUCAUUCCAUCCUGUUCAUCCCGAUGUCCAACCCGUACCAGAAGAAGAUCCUGUGGAACCGUGACAGCCUUUCAGAGAUUGAGGAAGGCAGAGGAAGGUUUUUGGGCAUUUCCUACGUGAUAAGCAACCUGACUGAAGCAGACAGUGGCCUCUACAUAGUAAGAAACCGAGACCAGAAAGAGUUGUACAAGAAGAGCGUUGAUGUAAAAGCACACACAGCCACCUAUAUAAAGAGUCCAGGUGAAAGCUUCAGCUUCAGUUUCGAUCUGGAACCCAGCUCGUGCAAUAUCUACUUCUACCCGGACUGUGACAGUUUUGAACACAAUGAGAUUGUAACUGAAGGCAGGCUGAAGGAGUAUAAAUUGCACAUGUUUUUGGACUUUGUAAAGCCUUGUGGGAUAUUUGUCGAGAGGCUUCACAUGCCGUGGUGCAGCGGAAUGUUUCACAUUCGGGAUCGGCAGGGCCACUUGGCCAUGGAGGGGAAACUGUACAUUCAGAGUACAGGUUCCAAUUACAAGAGUAUUGGCCUUGGUGUUGCCGUCUCUUUGCUUUUCUCUUGCUGUGUGAGGUGCUUCUGCUGCAAGAAGAGCACCAAAAAAAGCAGGAGUAAUGUUCCUCAGACUACUGCUGCUGAUGAUACUGCUGCUGCUGAACCUGCUGUGCAAUACUAUGAGUAUGAGACUGAGCCUGCAGGUCCAAGAAAAUAUCAGAGCAGCCAUUCCACUGUGACCCUCCACCCCUCUCGGGCCGACACCUCCACUGGUUUAUUGGGUACAGCUGCAGAAGAGCAGCGCUCUGCUCCAGCCCUUGAUCUUUCCUCAGACUCUGUGCCCCGGUUUGAGCUGAAAGGAGUAAACUUUCUGUCUGAUGUGCCCCUCAGUUCAGCAUCAGUGUCCUGUGAUGUUUAUACCUCAGACAAACUCAAGUUCCCCUCAGAUCCUGCAGACUGAAAUACUGUCAGCUC